AAAGUAAAUCUCCACUUUCUGGGGGGGCUAAGCUGAGGGGGUUGUGAGGUAACUCACGGUCAUCUGUCUUUCUGCUGAGGUUCGACCUCUGAGCAGAGAUUAACCCUCUGCUCUCCUCCUGCAGGUUUCACUCCUGCGCGAUAUCAAACCGUUGGUUAUAACUGCUCACUGUGCGAAAUACAAAGAAACCCGGUGCCCAGCCCAAAGAGGUUAAUUUUGCCGACUCCUCCCAGUGAAGCCAUUCUUUGCAUUAAUAAUCACACCACUUGAGAGUCGCCUUUAAAGUGGGAGGGCUGCGCCCAAGCGCCAGAAAAAUCCCGAGGAGCUGUCUCCGUUACGCGUGGUGCUGAAAGGGCCACUCGCCGCAUCAUGUGGUCGGUCUUCUUUGUAUUUCUGUCUUAUCUGGACAGAAACGUCGUCAAGGGCGACUUCCUGAGUCGGGCUUUGGACGCAGAAAAGGAGAGCAGGGAGAUGCUCUCCGUGAUUAACGGCACUUUCUGCGCCACGAUGUCCAUCAUCGGCGAUAGUUUGCUCUAUCAGGUGUCCGACGGAGCCGAGGUGGUGCGCACAGUGGUCAGUCCCGCCGGGAAGGUCGUGAACUGCUCCAUCAUCGUCAACCAAAUGGAAGUGAAAUCGUUCGUGCAUCAGUGCAGGUUGGGACUGAAGGAGCAAGCAGUCAGACAACAGCUGGAUACGCGUUUUACGCGCAUGGACGAAGCCAAGCUGAUGUGCCGGGAGUUUAAAGAGAGAUCGGAGCGUUUCAGCGGGAGGAUCGGGACCGGUGGGGAUGACAAAGUUCUGAAAAGAUCCAAAAGAGGGUUUACUUACCCUGGGACUCUGUGGUGUGGAGCCGGUAACAUGGCGGACAGAUAUGACCAACUGGGAGAGUUUGCAGACACUGACAGCUGCUGUCGCACUCACGACCACUGCCCCCAUGUCAUUCACGCAUUCUCCUCUAACUAUGGACACACCAAUUUCAAGUGGCACUCCGUCUGUCACUGUGACUGUGACAAUGCGUUGAAAGAUUGUCUGAGGAAUGUCAAUGACACAUCCUCAAGAGUUGUUGGUCAGGCGUUUUUCAAUGUGAUUGGCGUUCCCUGCUUUGAUUUUGUCUACGAGGAGCAGUGUGCUGAGCGGCAUUGGUAUGGGCUCUGUAAGCGGUAUGAGAAGCUCCCCAUCGCUAUGCUGAGAGAGGCAGUGCCCUACGACUUUGGAGGAAUUGAUGUCAUCGACGAGCUGCCAAUCGCUCCUCCCGAAGACUCGAAGAAAAGCAGCGAGGACGAGAGGCCAGAGAGUGCCACUCAGUCUACCGUGCCGGGCCCAGAGGAGCCUUCUCUGAGAAACGUGGUCACGGCGGCUGAGGACUUCAUCAAGGUGCUCGCCACCGUCUCCACGUCUCAAAGCUCCGCCGCCGACUCGGACAAAGACGAGGCCCAGAGCUCGGAGAAGAAGAAGAGGAAGAACACGGGGAAGAAGAAGAAAACCAGCAAGAAGCCCAAAGGAAAGGGAAAGGGGAGGAAGAGAAAGCAAAAGGCGGAGACUGGCGCGAAAGCGGAAGAAGGAGGUCCAGUUUCGGCACCUGGCAGCAGAGCAGAAGAGGUCUUGGCUCUGAGUAACUUCCUCAGCGAGUCAAACAGACACCAGCGGCCUGGCAUCAACACAAACAGAGUGGAUGACGGAGGAUAUGAGCUGGGAGCAAAAGACGAACCUUCUAACGCCCUCAUGAGAGAUGAACCAGCCGAGGACAAAGCUACGGCCGAGCUGAGGGAAGAAAUCCCCGUCUCGACAGGCUCGGUGGCUUUGAUCAAGCACAAAGCCAAACCCAGGGGACAAAGGAAAGGACGCAGAAAGAAGAGCAACAAAACCGGUUCUUCUGUAAACAUUGCGGUGACCACCUCAGAGAACCUGAGCUUAGUCCCCGUCCCCACCAUUAUUGAUGCCCCACAGCAGCCAGGCUUUACUGAACACCGGCUGUCUGUCAGCACCCCCAGAGCCCCCACCGUGGUCCCCAGAGCCCCCACCGUGGUCCCCAGAGCCCAAAGGGUUCCAUCAAAAGAGAGAGGAGACAGAAGAGGGGGAAAGAAAAGACGGAAAGCCAUCUCAACUACAUCCAACGUCUCUGCUCACCCCCAGAAUUCCUGGAUGGAUGGCCUGAAUGUCCCCCACCUCCCAGCUCUCACAGCCCCCCCUCUCACAGACCCCCCCACACCCCCGCUGCCCACCACAGCGCCACAUCUUCCGCGCGGGCCAGAUGUUCACAGAGGAGACGCACAGGUGACGGCUCUCAGCUCCACCCUCAGCGCUCUGAAAAGACGAAGGUCCAAAGACAGGGGUCAAAGGAACCGGCGGAGGAAAACAGCCGCCCUUCCUCCGGGCGAAAAGCAACUUUUUUCUCACGGCAGGUCUGAAUACACGCCCCCGGUUUUCACAGCUCCAGACCCCCGCGCUGGGCCGGAUGGACAUGCGAGCAACGCGGCAACGCGAGGAGCGGAAACUCCCAACGAAUGGAGGCUUUUUACAACGGCCGGCCCUACUGUUAGCACAAAAGUCCCCCGGCCACCGGCCACCCAGAGGAGGAAAAAGAAGAAACAAACUGACCCAAUGACACUUGAAACCUCAACACUUAGAGUGGCAACAGCUGGAAUGAAAGGGUCAGAAAGGCCGUGGAUGAUCACUUCAACGGCACCUGCCAUGAGUCCACUUCAGUUUUCUAUCGCGAAAGCAGAAGCACAAUUUAGCAGAAAGAAAAGAAGAAAAGCUUUGCUGUCCAACAGGCAGCAAUGA